AUGGUGGUGGUGGUGGCAACAGCAUUGGUGGUCAUGGUAGAAGAGAUGACAACAACGCUUGCUAGGUGUGGUAGUGACGAGUGGAUAGAUGCUGGUGUAAAAAUUAGACCAGAUAGCUUUACAAGAAUG